AUGUCCAACGCCAGCCUCGUGACAGCAUUCAUUCUCAUGGGCCUUCCCCAUGCCCCAGCGCUGGACCUGGAAGUGGUUUAUGUGCUCACUGUGCUGGGGAACCUCCUCAUCCUGCUGGUGAUCAGGGCAGAUUCUCACCUCCACACCCCCCAUGUACUCCUUCCUCUCAACCUGUCCUUCAUUGACAUGUGGUUCUCCACUGUCACGGUGCCUAAAAUGCUGAUGACUUAAUUGUCUCAAAGCGGAGGACUAUCUCCCUUCCACAGCUGCGUGACUCUCAACUCUACUUUCCACUUCCUGGGAACCUCCGAGUGUUUCAUCUACACGGUCAUGUCCUAUGAUCGCUACCUGGCCAUCAGUUACCCACUCAGGUACACCAGCAUGAUGAGUGGCGCGUGUGCUCUCCUGGCCACCGGCAGCUCCAGUAGCUCUCUGCACUCUGCUGUGGAGCCGCCCGACACUCCAUUACCCUACUGUGGACCUGCCCGGAUCCAGCACCACUACUUCUGUAGCGCACCGCAUCUGAAACUGGUACCAUGCAGAACUUUCUCAGUCAACGAGAUGGUCAUCUUUGUGAACAUUGGGAGUGAAGAGAGUAGCCUCGGCUGCUUUCUCCUGAUAGUGCUUGUCCUAUGUGUGUCCAUUGUCUGUAUUCCAUCCUGCGAGAUCCACUCAGAGAAGUGCAGAGCCUUUCGAACAUGUGCCUCCCACUGUAUCGUGGUCCUUUGCUUUUUUUGUGUUCCCUGUGUUGUCAUUUACCUGAGACCAGGUUCCAGGGACAUCAUGGAUGGAGUUGUGGCCGUUUUCUACACUGUUCUAACUUUGCUUCUGCCUCAACCUGUGAGUGUACACCUGAGAAACAAGGGAGUGAAGAAAGCUGUGUUGAAACGACAAGUAGCAUAUUCUCAGGUAGAAUAG